AUGGGGCCUUCAAUGGAUUGGUCUUUCAAGGCUAAGGACAUUGUAGGACCUUCCAUUGAAGAAAAUGAACUAAACAGGGGGCAGCAUACAUCAAAAGAUGAAAUUUCAUUAUCUAAUAUCUUAAAUCUAGAAAUAAAAUGGCCAACUGAUACAGAGGAAUCAGAGCAUAGUCUUGGAAGCAAUUUAUCCACACACAGCAAAAGUUCUUUGAACUUGGCUGGAACUGAUUUGGACAACUUUUUUCCCAGUUUAAAGAGGGACAUGGUUUCUAAUUCAUCGGAAGGGCAACAUGCAAUUGACAGGCUGAGUAAUAAUGUGGAAAUAAAAGCAUUUCCCAGGCAGGAAAAUCUUAGCUCAUUUCAGAACGUUCAGCAUUCUGUAACAGCAUCCAGCUCUUCUGAAGUAAAAGACAAUGAUGGUUUUUCUGGUUGGAAGGCAGAUUUUCAGUAUACUGAUUCUGGAAAUCAGCAUGAAGCUUCAGGAUCAUUUGAUGCUUUUAUAGGUUCUACGGUUGACCUGUAUGCACACAUGGAUUCAGUUUUUGGACCUGGAAAAAACUUGGAAGAUGAAAGACUGAAGGAUACUUCAACACUUUUGGCUUCAGCUACAAAUGACUGGAGUGAAGAUGACCUUUGGAAUAACUCAAACUACUCGGCAUCUAACCUGACUGGACAUGUUGAGGCAACCAUCAAGAGUAAGGAUGGGAUAGCAGCAGAUAAAUUAGACACUCCUUCAAGUGUUGAUUGGUUUCCGGAUGAUCAAUGGCAAACUAACAGCAUGACUCCUCUUGACAAGAAGACAAGCAAAGAAGAUGAUUCGUUUGAUGUGUGGAAUGAUUUUGCAAGUUCUACUAGGACACAAGGUGCUUCAACAAAUUCGUUGACACAAAGUACUUAUCAGAAUGCUGCUGUUGACGAACAAACAUCAAAUACAAUUAUUCCGGGCUCAACCAACAACUUUCAGGAAAUGGAUUUUGGUAGUUUUUCACAAUCAGAUCUCUUUUCUGGAUUAUCUAACAAUCAGCAUGAUUCUGUAGAAGUGAACAGCAUGCAAUCAGAAGUCCAUGUCUCACGAGUGCCUACACUGAUUCCUAGAAGGUAUCCACCUCAAGUGUAUCUUCAAGAUGGUGUACACAUUAUACUUUACAGCGGAAGAGUGGUGCCCAUUCAGUUCCCCUAUGCCAGCUUAGAGAUGGAUGGUGCAAAAGUUGACCUGAAAGGGGCUUAUGGAGAAGCUGAUAAAGGAGAUAUUUUCAACUCAGCCAAACAGCCAGAGGCUGAUGUAGAGAGUUUGUUGUCACAGAUGCAUGAUCUUUCUUUCAUGUUGAAGACCGAUCUGUCAUUCCCCUCAAAGUAG